AUGAGGCCACCAAAGAUUUCUUUGAUUACCAUUCUGUCGGUAUUCCUGCUGUUCUCUUGCCUUCUUGGCAGUGCGGCCGGAUCUUCUCGUCAGCAGCGCCAAGGUCGUCACCGAGUUUUGCGUAGCGACCGUUUCAUGGAGGCUCGCCAGCCUAGUGAUGACUAUGGCCCCCCUCCUCAAUACUACACGGGAGAGCCUGCUAUCCCCAGUGAGAUGACCUCCUAUUCUACUUCCAAAGAAACCACAACAACGGAUAUUGGUACUGAAUCCUCUGAGGCUAGUAUGACCUCUCAGUCGCAUGCAUCCCCUGGAAACCAUACUAUUUCUCGCGGAAUCUCCACUCCUUCUUUGUCUACUGAGUUGGAUACCAGCUCCGCUGUGCCGUCUGUUGCUUCAAGUGCCAAGGCUGGCAGUACAACUAGCUCCGAGGCCCUGACAUCCGCUAGUACCACAGCUUCUGGAUCAUCUCGUGUAACUGGAACUUCUGGGGAUGAGGCUUCUGCAACCGCAGGUGGCCAGAUGUCUUCUUUUUGGAACAACAGCACUUCACUUAUCAGAACUAGUCCCUCUGAGGUCACAAAUCGUGAUUCCGAUUCCAUCAGCACGGCUGGAACUGCCUCUUGGGAGACGGAACUCUCCUCCACGGGUAUUUUGCCCGUCACAGUUUCCAGCCUCCUGACCCUAACAGAGACAACCACAGAGGUCAUCUCCCUCACAGAUACUGCCUUAAGUCUCGAGGUUUCAGGUAAUACCAACAUGACAGCCAGAACUUCUUCUACUGCUGAGGCCGAGUCACUCUCGGUAGUCUUUGCGUCGACUUCACUGGAGGAAAGCUCACUAAUGACUGCCUUCACCACGACUACAACAAGGAUUCUGAAUACCACGGUGACAGUCACAGAUGGGGUAGAAUCCACCGGACGGACACUAUCGUCCACGACCUACCUCACACCGAUCAAUGGUUCUUCGAGUGCUGCUACCUCGGUUGGGUUUGUAUCAGACGUCUCAUCGCAAACUACUACUCGUGGUUUGACAACAAUUGGAAUCUCAGGUCCUGAGUCCACGCAAAAGACGUCUCUUGUCACCAGUGCUCCCCUCAAUAGAACUGUCAUUGUUACUACAACUACUUACCUGACUUCAACACUUGAGACUGCUACUCUCUCCACUGACUUUUCCAACCAGUCCGGUAGCUCCUCUACACCGAACGGAAGUCUUGUGGGUUCCGGAUCAGAUAUCACUACAGUCACCAUUCAAACAUCUUCAGACAUCUCAGUUGCAUCCAGCGCUUUGCCAGUCAACGCGACGUCGAGUGCAGUCGCCAACUCGCUUACAACUACAACAGUCUCAGAAACUUCGUUCAUUACUAUCGUCCCUGGCGGUGUUUCUCCAUCAGGCAGUAUCACAAGUAUGACUAGUGGCUCUGUUUCGGCAUCUACCUCUUCGCUUUUCAACUCUUCAAUGACCCGUAUGGAAACUCCAUCUUCCCAAGAGACGAGCUUGUUGUUCGAUUGGCCCACUUCAACAUUAGUCGAGUCACAUCAUUCCAUGCCUACUCUGGGACUUCCCCCAGUAUCUUUCACAAGUUUUUCGUUUUCGAUCGUCACCACUCCCAUGACUCCGCCUAGCGUGGUAACUGGUUCAACGUCACCAUCUUUUGAAAACGUAACAGUGAUAAGGUCUACGUGGACUUCUACCAUCACGACUAGCCUCGGGCCAACUGGUUUGACUUCUGCCAAUCUUACGGCUGCUCAUACCAGUAGUGGUUACAACUUUUCCAAGACCAUAGAAUCUGAGAUGAGUUCAGUUGGGUCUUUGUCUACAUCUGCGAACAAUCUUACAGACAUAAGUACCUCCAUCAUUACCAGGCAACCUACCAAUCUGCCCUUCCCGAGCAAUACCUCCAGUGGAUGGAAUUCAACAGUGUCUUCGACAUUACUGACUGGUUCUACCAAGACCAUCAACUCUCAAGGCCCGCAAACCUCGCUGUCCACAGCCGGUUCAGGCUUGAAUGCCACUGCUCCGUAUGCCAACUCAACUUCGACUACGAAUUCCGCAACGUACUCUCCACCAUUUGGGAACGUGACCUCUUCUAGGCUGGCCGUCACAACUUACCGCUCAUGGAACGCUACCAACACCGCUCAAGGGCCUUUCAACUCUACUGUUCAAACCGCCACUAACGGUUUGAACGGGACGGCGACUGUUACACCUUUCCCAACUACAGAUCAUGUUACUCUCACUACUAUAUCUGGCAGUGUCCUGACCAAAACGUACACAGAUAUCUUGGUGUCAAUAAUCACCCCCACAGACCCUGCGUUUUGGACGUCCUUGAACACGACAGGUUGGACUAUGCGUACUAUCACCAGCACCCCAGGAAUGUUUUCCACGCCUUACAAGGAAUCCACCUCGACAAGUGAACAAAAGUAUCAUACAUCAAACGCCACUCGGCCUUUUGUAUCUGCUUCGGGCACAAAUGCACCCUUGUUCCCUAGCUCUAACUCGACUGCCACGGCCACUAUUACCUUUUCAUCUAUCGUUUCAUGGACUCCUGACCCGGAACCCUGGACAACGUGGUCGACGUGGGAUCUCACAAGGAAACCAGGCUUCGUAACAUCCAUUGGUUUGCCCCGAGUGACUACUCGCAACCUGAGCAGUGAGGCUUCAGAGUCAACUUUAUACACUCGCACUACAACAUUGUUUGUUACUCCUACUAUGGCGGAGCCAACUGAGUCCCGUGUCGUUACUGGUAAUCUCAGCAGUAAGGCUUCAGGUUCAACUUCUUAUAGUCGCACCACGACAGUGGUCCUCACUACUACUUUAGCAGAACCAAGCACAUCUCUGUCUAAGUUACAGAACUCCACGGACGAUGCUUCAUCGUCCAUCUCCUACACUAGCACCACAACUUUGCUUCUGACUACCACUUUGGGAGAACCAAGUACCUCUCGUUUGUCUAAUGCCGCAAUCACUUCGACUGCCUCGAUAUGGAUGAACACAACCUUGGUAUCUGUUCAAUCUUCGGAAACAUCAACCUCGUUGUCUGAAGUAUCUGCUACCUUUCUUACUACUGGUAGUGCAAAGGGAAUAGCGACUUCCGCUGAAAACUCCGCCUUGACGCCUUUCCCUGUGAUGAAUUCGACACUCUCGCAAGUGACAUCUUUGGCGAUUGAUACUAUGACAACCACACACACCUCGGAUCGCCCAGCAGGCGCAGCCACUCCCUGCGAAUCUUCGUCUACGACCUCAUCUACUUGCACGGAGUCACUGGACUAUUCUCCGUAUGGAUCAUCAUCAGCGGGGUCACCCACAACCGAUUGCUCGACUGGCCACUCAACGGCAAGCUACAAGACGGCACAUUGGUCGAACAUGACUGAAACAUUUGGCGCAAAAGGCACAAGCACCAAUGAAUCGCUCACGACAUUCAAGACAGUCACCACCGUCCGGGCAGAGGAGUCCCAUUCGGUAUGGGAUGACUACCCUACCCCUACUGACAGAGUCAUUCCGUCAGAGGUCGUGCCCGCGGACCCCAACUUUCCAUGGGGAAACGACUCCCCGAUUCACCGUCACCAAAACAUGUCCGACGUAGGGAUCGGUCUUGACGGUGGAGGUGUGAGCAAGAGGAUCGAUUGGCGACUCCGAUGGGAGAACGUCAAGGACAAAAUCAACAGCUUGUGGCAUGGGCAGACUUUGGAGAGUGAAGAUUAG